UAUUAAUCAUUUCCGCUCCCUUGCUUAUUGGAAAUUAGCACACAGCACCCCGCUUUUCACCGUUUCAAUUUCAUACCGCACAUUGUAACUAGACAUGGAACAACAUCUAUGGUGUAUCCAAGGAGCAUACCAUCAUCAACAGCAGCCGAAAACGACCAUGAUCCUGAUAUUUCACCCAUGCCAAGUAGUGGUCAAGAGCGUGUCGCUGCUCUCAAAGAGUUGGGCGGCACUUUUAACGAAGGCCAUCGCCGUGUAUCCAAGAUUGCCACUCCAACCUCGUCUGAUACUAUACCCAGUUUCAUGGAUACAAAUCAAAUCGAGGAACUGCUCAAGAAACCAUCCAAGAGCUUACAAGAAGCAAGUCGAGAAGCAUUAGCAGAUAAGCCGGAAACACUGCCGGAUAAAUCCAGCCCAUUAAGAGAAGAAGGAUAUGAAUGUGGAGGAGAAGGCGAUAAAGCUGCCUGACAUUCUUUUUUUGUUUUUAAUUGAACAAUAAAGAAAAAGAAAAAUGCAAAUCAUGUACAAUAGAAUUAUGGUGUGUAUAUGGAGUUGAGUAAAGCAAAGGGUACUUUUUAUAGGUGUGUCUGCGGGGGAGCGAGACAAAGGAACAUGGGAAAAGAGAAUAUAAGAGAAUGAUGGAAUGAUUGCCUGUUUGUGUUGGGUGUAUGU